ACAGCUGGUCCAAACCAACCGAGUUUUCUCAGGCUUAGGUAUGACGAUGGUUUUAGAUAGUUGACCAUAUGCAAUACUUUCUUGUAUAUGUUUAUAUAUUUAACAAAGUGAUUUGGCAUCAAUUUCUAUAGUUCAACAAUGGAGAGGCAAGUGGGCAUAAUUGGAGCUGGUAUCAGCGGCCUUCUGGCCUGCAAAUAUGCACUUUCAAAGGGCUACCGUCCGAUCGUGUUCGAAUCACAGAGCAGCAGUGGUGGAGUAUGGACCAAAACACUGGAGACUACUAAGCUCCAGUCUUCCAAAUUGCUGUACCAGUUCUCCGAUUUUCCGUGGCCGUCUUCGGUGACAGAAGAGUUCCCUAACCAACACGAAGUCCUCGACUAUGUGCAAUCGUAUGCUACUCAUUUUGAUCUGCUUCGGCACAUCAAAUUCAAUAGCAGAGUGGUGAGCAUCAGCUAUGAAGGCCCAUCAGAUGCAGAAGAAGAGAUGCAAGCAUGGAGUCUGUGGGGUGGCACAGGUGAGCCCUUCAGCUCCAAAGGGAAAUGGAACCUUACAGUACAUGACACUCAAACCCUUUCAACUGAGAUUUACCAAGUCGAUUUCACGAUCCUUUGUUUGGGAAGGUUCAGUGAUGUACCAAACAUUCCAGAAUUUCCACCAAAGAAAGGUCCCGAAGCCUUUCAUGGCAAGGUGAUACACGCAAUGGACUACGCUGCCAUGGAUUAUGCAAGUGCUGCAGAGUUUGUCAAAGGGAAGCGAGUCGCGGUUGUUGGCCUCCAGAAAUCAGCCCUGGACAUUGCCAGGGAAUGCUCAAUAGCAAAUGGGGUAGAACAUCCAUGUACAGUGAUAUACAGAACUGAACAUUGGAACGUGCCGGACUAUCUUCCAUGGGGAGUUAACUUAGGUUAUCUGUACCUCAAUCGCUUCUCAGAGCUUUUGGUUCAUAAACCUAAUCAAGGCUAUCUACUUGCUCUCCUGGCAACAAUUUUUUCACCUCUGAGAUGGGGAUUCUCAAAAUUUGUUGAGAGUUACAUAAGAUCGAAGCUUCGGCUUGCAAAGUUUGGAAUGGUUCCAAAACAUAGUUUUUUAAAAGAAGUUAGUUCAUGUUUGGUCUCAACCGUGCCAGAAGAUUUUUACGAUAGAGUUGAAAAGGGAAGCAUCAAACUGAAGAAAGCUCCAAGUUUUAGCUUCUGUGAAAAAGGACUUCUAAUAGAUGGAGAAGCUGAACCUCUAGAGACAGAUAUGGUCAUACUGGCCACUGGUUUUAAGAGUGUGCAAAAACUCAAAGACAUAUUUGUGUCACCAACCUUUCAAGAGAUAUUAGCUGGAUCAACCAAUACGUCUAUGCCACUCUACAGGGAAUGCAUUCAUCCUCGAAUUCCACAAUUAGCGAUAAUUGGAUUCUCAGAAAGUCUUGCAAACUUGUACACCUCAGAGAUAAGGUGCCGAUGGGUGGCAGAGCUUCUUGAUGGCACAUUCAAGGUACCUAGCAUUAAGGAGAUGGAGAAAGAUGUCGAAAAAUGGGAUGAAUACUUGAAACAAUCCUCUGGUGAGUAUUACAAAAGGUCUUGCAUUGGUGCACUUCAUAUAUGGUACAAUGAUCAACUAUGCAAUGACAUGGGAUGGAACCCCAGGAGGAAGAAGGGAUUUAUAGCUGAAUUGUUUGAGCCUUAUGGUCCCAUGGACUAUACUCAUCCUUAGUGCCAUUGUAUUGAACUAUGAUUUGUCAAUAUCAGUACUUAUUUUCUGUAUGAAUAAGGAAAAUCAUUUGGAGUCCGACUGUCUUGCUGUAAGUCUGGGGUGGAGAUGGCAUCAGUCUCCACUCACUUACAAACCAGUCGGAAUUGUCUAAUUGUCGGAAUCCGUAUCAUUACUUAGAUUUCCUCUUUCGAAUGAUAGAUUUCCUCCCAAGUUUGUUUGCUACAUUGUACUACUUACAAACAACACACUGUAAUUCCUUGUUGAUGUUUUGGUUCCUUUGUUUAUCUGGUCUAGUGUCCAUUAAAGAUGGAAAGAGUUCUUGUGUUCAUGCUUUGUUCAUUGUUUCUAGUCUAUAUUGAGUGUGGCUAGAAGCAGUGAUAGGUUUCGUUUCCUCUUUUUUUGGAUUUUGGAAAUGGUUUUUUGUUAUUGUUAUUGUGAGGGGAUGCCCUCCAAUCUACCUUGUAUUCGUUGUUUCUGGUUAAUUCAAUGAAAUUUUACUUUGAAAAAAGAAAAGAA